AUGAAAAAAAUGUGGUCGAAAAAGAUUAUUAAUUUAUUUAUACUAUGUACAUUUUAUUAUUCCAUUGGCCAAAUUAGUUCAAGAGAAAAUGAAGCUAAAGUUAAUAUAUUAAAUAAAAUGGGUCAUAAACAUGGGAAUUUAAAAACAAUAACCCCACACAAUAAUAUAAACGAAAAAUUAAAAGAUAAUUACAAUUCUGAUAAGAAAGAAUCUUUCAUUUUUUUAAGUCAAAAAUUAAAAGAAGAUAAUUCUAAUGAUGAUGAGGAAGACGAUGAAGAAGAUGAAGAUCACGAUCACGCCCAUGAGCACGAUCAUGAAAAUAAUGAUAAUAAUAAUGAGAAACCUAAACAACCAGAAACUGCUCAAAACCUCAAAGAAGCUUUGCCUCCUCCCCCACCACCAGUAGUUCCACCUCCACUUCCUCCUAUGACACCAUCAAGUAUUGCGGGACAUGUUGUGUCAAAUGUUUUUCAGGCUGGAUUAAAAUUAAUAGGUAUUCCAUAA